GGUAGAUGGCGUCUUGUGGUAGACCCGCGGGUCCCAAACUCUGGCGGAUUGCGCACCACCGAUUUAAAAUUAUACUACCUUAAGUACCACCCGCAAAUUUUUGUCAUAUUAAGUAAUUAUAAUAAAUCUGUUAACGCAUACCACUGACAGGUUGUCUGCGUCCCACUGGUGGUACCCCUACCACAGGUUGGGAACCGCUGCCUUCCACCAACAGGGCUACAACCCUUCCACCCAGGGAGGCGGCCAGGAGGGGGCUCCCCGGCCUGGGGGUGCGCAGCAGGAGGGUGCUCCCUUGCCAGUGGUGGGCACAGAGCAGCAGUGCUCCCAGGCCAAACGUGUCCAGAGCCCUGCAGAGGGCCCCUGGCACUUAGAGACCGAUUCUGAAAUUUGUUGUCAUGCCUGGGUUGGACUAGGUGAUUUCCUGCGGUCCCUUCCAGCCUUCCUUCUGUACGAUUCUGUGAGAGGCCAGUAUUUCUUAGUGGGAACAGACUGUCUCUAGGCUCACUAGCGCUCUCUGAGUGGGAGAGCCCCCAAGUCCGGAGUACCUGUACAUGGAAGAUGAAGAGGAUGAUGAUGUUUCCUUUGCAAAAUGGAUGAGCAGUUACUGGGGCCACAGCUUAAUUGAUGAGCAUGAGAAAGAGGGCAGAGGCUUUCGGCAACGCCAGUCCCGAGUGUUUAGUGAGAGGAGAGCUUCCCUUCCGGCCAAGCUUUCAUCUAUCCACAUGACAAGACUUCGUGAGUCAACAAAGGCCCCGUCCUCAAGUCACCUGAGAGGCUGCAAGGAAGUACGAGAAGACCAAGAUAUGAAAUGCCAUUGUCAUGUGAAGGAAUGCAGAAUGCCUUCCAUGGAGGGCCCCUGCCCUGAGACAAGAGAACCACACAGUAGAACAAAUUCCAUCCAGGAACUUUCAGAAUCCUUUAAGAAACAACUGCAUUUCAAAAGCAAACGCUCAAUUUCUUUGCCACCUGAGGGCAUGAUGGAGAGAACAGAAAGAGAAAGACUAGGCAUACCCAAGAGCAGGUCUCGCAAGAAAAUGGGAGAAAGAAUGGAGCCAAAGAGAGGGAAGGAAGAAGAAAGCCCACAGGCCUCUGGUGGAAAACACAAUUAAUGGUCCCCAUCACAUGCAAGCAUUCAGAAGGGCUGUUUCUGCCUAAACGGUUACAGUGCAUUGGAGUUACUACCUUUUUCAUUCUAACUGAAAAGCUUUUGUCAUUUUUUUUGUACUAGAAAGAAGCUAGUUAGUUAAAGCAGACCCUAAGUUUUAAAAUAAAAUUAAUGUGAUGGGACCACUGA